AUGUUUACGGAUGACAUUAAGCUCUGGAGCGUCAUUCGAACUGCAGAUGACGAAGAGCAUCUGCAGGCGAACCUAAACCGACUCCAACAGUGGUCAAAGGCCUGGCUUCUGCCGUUCAACGAGAAAAAGUGCAAUAUUCUACGAGUCGGCAGAGCUCGCUCUCCGAACCAUAUGGCCUACUGCCUAAAUGGUAUACUACUGCAAGAAGUGGACUCGCAGAAGGACUUGGGAGUAUGGAUUACGACCUCGCUCAAACCCUCGCUGCACUGCACGAAGAUAGCCAAGUCUUCAAUGUCAGUCCUCUACCUUGUCAAGCGGGCUUUCUCUGCCUUUGAUGAAGACUGCUUCGCUAAAGUCUUUCGAACUUUUGUGCGUCCGCAACUAGAAUUUGCUAUCCAAGCUUGGAGACCCUGGACCGCGAAGGACCUCAGCAUCCUUGAAAGGGUUCAAAGGCGUGCAACGAAACUUGUGGCAGUACAGGGUUCACUACCAUAUGCAACGCGGUUAGCUAACCUUGAUCUCUUUCCCUUGAGUUACAGGCAGUUACGGGGUGACCUGAUACAAGCCUUCCGUAUCAUACGCGGUCAGGACUGCAGCCUCGUACCGGGGGACUUCUUCGAGUUAGCAACCACCACAAAUCUACGAGGCCAUCCAUUCAAACUACGUGUGACAGGGGCCACACUGGACACACGAAAGUUCUUCUUCUCCAACAGAGGGCUAGAAGCCUGGAAUGCCCUGCCUGUGGAUGUCGUUAUGUCUGCUUCCGUCGAGGUCUUUAAGAGGAAGCUGGAUUUGUGUAGCAGUGUCCACUAA